AUGCUGUCAAUUGCUUUAAUUGGUAGUUUGAGCUCAUCACAUAUAUACUGUUGGUAUGGUUUUGGAUUCUCGUGCUUUUCUGCUGCUGCUGUGGUUAUUACUGUUCCUACUGGUACUAAGGUUUUUAGUUGUUUAUCUAUUUUGCAUGGUAUGCGGAUAGUUUUCCAGCCUGUCGGUUUUAUUUCUGAAUGGCUUUUUACUGGUGCGAUCUGA